CAACAAUACAAGUACGUGCGCGUGUGUUUUUUCUCGCUUCUGUCCUUUAUCGUUUUCAUUUGUCUCUGUUGGACGCGCGUGUUCGUUUGUGGUUUUGAUGCGGGUGUGAGUAGAGCAGGUAGAGAACAAUCAAGGUUUUUUUCAUAAACGUGCUGUGAAACAGCAGUGACGAUCGAAAGUAAUUUGACGAAAAUGCGAUACGAGUUGUUAGGUCGCCUAGCGUAGUAUAUCGCCUAGCGGCGACGGGCCCAGAGAGAAGCGGCGGAAAAAUGGCGUCCGAUAACGAAGCCUCUUGCGCGAGUGACCCAAAUUUCGCGGUGAUUUGUUCGUUUCUCGAGUGCUUCGGCAAGUCCUGUGGUAUCGUUUAUCCUGAUAUUGCGCGCCUUCAAGAGAUGCUUGAAAACACACAGGAGGUACCACAACAGUUGAUAGAUCUCCACAUCAAAUUAUUACGAAAAACACGUAAAACAGUAUCACCAGAAAAAUGGGAACGUGCACUGGUUAAAUUCUGUCAUACAUAUUCUAAUCAAGAUGGAUGGGAACUUGAACGUUUUGGUUACAAAAAAGCCCGUAUUGCUGUUAAACUACGACUACUUAAAGUUCUUUUAGAAACACAGUUUGACCUAAAUCAAAAGUUUAAAAAUGAAGUAAAUAAAUUAGCAGCUAAGGAAUUACGGGUAGAACCUUUAGGAAGAGAUAAAUCUGGUUUAGCUUAUUGGUGUCAACUUGAUGAAGAGUGCAAUAUAAGGGUUUAUAAAGAAGAUAUAGAUGAAGAAAAUUGGGAACUUGUAGCUAAGGAUCGAGAAGGAGUAGUUAAUCUUAUAAAUACCUUAUCAAAUGGAGAAAUUGGAGCUAUUCCAAUUAAUGAAGAUAGUAAUAGUUUAGAAAUUUCUGAGAAACCUAUUAUUGAUACGGGACAAAUAACUACAUCACCAAGUUUGGAGGAUGAAGUUGUACAGGAAAAUGGCAUUCACAUGGAAGGAUCUGAUGAAAAAGAAUUAGAUAAGAGUGGAGGUGAAGAUUUUGAGGAUGAAAGAGAACAAGAUGACAUUAAUGAGGCUGGUAAUGCUGAGGAAGAUAUGGAUGGUGAAGAUGAAUUGACAAAUGAUGAAAGUUCUAAACAAAAUACAGAGGAAGAUGAUUCUCAGCAGACAAUACAAAAUGAAAUGGUAGAAUCAAAUCCUGUUGAAACACCCCCUUUAUUAUCAUCAUGUCCCCUUAAAAUUUUAAAUGCUAAGGUUGAUACAUUAUCAGAAAAAGAAACAGUUUCAUCACAAGAGAAAGAAUUAAGCACUAUUCAGAAAACGAUGGUUACUACUAUUGUAUCUAAUGAUACUAAACCUGUAGAAACAUACAAAUCUGAAGAGCAUACAAUAGUGAGUAAUUCAAAAAUUGAUUCUGAAGAAUCAGUGCCUCUUAAAUCAAUUGAAACACCUGUUAUUACAUCUCCUCUUAAGUUAGUAAAUGUUUCCGAAAUGAAACAAUUACAUGAAGAAAAAGUAAUUACUGGAAUAACACAUACAUUGAAUAUAACAAAGAAAUAUGAAGAUUCAGCAGAUCAAGUUAUGAAAUCACUAGACAAGUUAUCUAAUAAAAAUAGUUUUCUUUUUACUUCUGCUGACAUGCCAACAACUCAUAAUAAAUUGUCUGUGAAGCCAAUAGAUCAACUGGCUGCGAACCUUGUGAGGAUGCAAUCUGAAAAACUUGAAAAGCCAAGUGGAGCAAAAUCAUUAGAGAAAAUUGCUGAAAACCUAGCGCGAUCGGGAAGUAUUGUGGGAAAUAUAAUAAAUGGAGAUGAUGAUAGAAUACCACAAGAUUUUUGUGCAAGAAAGAUAGAUAAAGUGAAUUCGCUUAGAGAACAUAGAGGUAUGGAUUUAUCGACAUCACCAAGAGGAUGGGAGAACACAAAUGAGCAAAACAGGCCAAUGGAUUUCUCCGGAAUCGAUUUAUCUAGUCGAAAAUUUAACAAAACUAUCGAUUUACCUUCUGCCGGAUAUAGGGCGCAAGAUUUUCAACAUAGAGAAAUGGACCUCAGUACGAAGAAGAUAAACAAACCGGAAGUUACAAAUUUACCGUAUGAUGCUCGGGCUGUGAUGAUGCGUAAUCAUAGCAUGGUAGCAGAUUUAAGUAAACGACAAAUGUCAUUUCCUGGUUACGAUAUGCCUCCUGCUUCAUAUCAUAAUGCUUCGAGAAUAUCUAAUAAAGAAGAUCACAGAUUACCAAAUUAUACCAUACUUCCAGAUCCGAGUAAAAUUACGGCUCUAAGAAUGAAUCCAACACCGAUAAAACGUCCAUUAGAAGGAGAUGAUAUGCAACAAGACAUAUUAAAGAGAAUAAGAGCAGAUGUAAUACCAAUUAGAAGUUCCAUGGAUAAGAGAUCAAUAAUGAGUAGUAAUUGGAGAGAUGAAGUUGGUGAAACCAUUGAGGAACCAAUGAUAAUGAUUCAAGGUGAAGGAUCUGGUAGUGAUUGUGAUGCAGUUAAUCCUGCUCUUGGAGAAGCUGUAGAAGAGCCCAUAAUUUUUUUUUAUGGAGAAGGAUCUGGUGAAGAGUGUCAGACAGGUAAUCCUGGUGAGGAUACAUCAACUGACAAUAAAGAAAGCAACGAAUCAAAAAAUGAAGCUGAUUCUGCUACUUCUUCUUUAUUGCCGAGUAAAAAUUUAGGCGAAGAUAGCCUUAUACAUGAAGUGUCUACCGGAUCUCUAAUAACAAGUAAAAAUACCAUAAAAUUAAACAGAAAUUAUCCGCAAUCAAGUAUCAAUGUAAGAAGUAAUCGGCAAACUGUAGGCUCAACACAAGAAAAGUCCAAGUUCAAACCAUCAUUGGGCAUUCAAAUAAUACCAAAAAAUUCUAACAGUUCUGUAAAAAGGAUAUCGAGAUGGGAUGUUGGAAAACCAGAAGAAAAACCAGAAUGUGACAGUAGUAUCAUAUCAAAUGAAGAAGACAUAUCACAGAAAAGAAAUGAAAUUGAAUGUGAAAAUUCCUCUAAUAAAAAUCAAAAUGUUAAGAUAGAUGGAAAUUCUGUAAGUAAUGAAAAUUCAACUUCACAAAAAAGAAAUGUAGAAGCCGAAAAUUCACAGGACACGGAAGGAAAUUCCUUGAGGCAAAAACUAAAUCCUGUUUCUCAAGAUUCCAUGCAGUGUGAUUCGUCUAUUUCCUUAUGUCAAGCAGAUACGUCAGAAACGCUUGAAUUUUAUCCAGAAAUUACACCCACAACUCAGUCAAUAAGUAAUAAAGAUGCUGCUGAGAAUGUUUGUGAUUCCGACAGUAUAACUUCACACGAGACAAAUACUGCAGAAAAAGUAGAUAAUGAAUGCAAACCAGCAGCUGCAUCACCACCAAGAUUUUUUUUUGGUCCUAAUUGUAUUUCAUACACUUCCAGAGCAGAAGUAUUUGAGUCAUCAUCUGAUCAUACAGUUUCAACAACUAUAGAAUCUAAAUCUGAUACACUGCAAUAUGAAUGUGUUUCUUCUUCCAAACCAGCGGAAGAUAUUACUUCUUAUACGUCAGACGAUUUUGGCGUAACUCAAAUGAAUAAUAACUCGUUAAAAAUAAAUUCGUAUGCACCUACAAGUAAUAGUCCACUUCAUGAAGAUGAUAAUAAGAAUAAAAUAGAAAAGGUUGGAGAAUCAACUAAUAUAUGGGAAGAAACAGUUCCUUUGAAAUAUUCUAUAGAUGGAGGACGUUGUGCAAUGCAAAAGACAGAAAUAGAUUUGUCUAGUUCUGAAUCAAAAGAAGAAAAUUUUAAAUCUAUUGUACAGGAUUCUAUUACUAGUAGUGAAAAUACAAAAAACGAGUAUACAAAAUCUGAAGAAACAGAAAUAUCAGGCAUAAUUUCACAACCUCACAGUACGAAUGAUGCAAAUAUGCAAGAUGCGAAUAUAAAGCUUGAGAAUGCAAUUGUAACACCAUCUACAGUACAGUUCGACUCAAAUAUUGAAUCUAUGCAACCUGAGAUAUCAACAGCAGAAAGUAAUACAUUAGAAGAACAAGUAAGAAGUCAGAAUAAAAUAUCAGAUUUACAAAAUGACACUGAUGAAACUGUAAAAACUCCAAUUCUUUGUUCUAAAGAUGAAGCUGAUUGCAAAUCAUCUGAUACACUUAAAAAAAGCGAGUUAGAAACAGAUACAACAUCUGUUAAUAAUUCAUGUUCAUCUUUUGCUCAAAAUUCAGAAUUAGGUUGUACAAGUAAGGAAGAAUUUUCCACUUAUCAAGAAGUAGAUAGUUUAGCAGAAAAAGAAAUGGAACAUGUAUCUGAGAAAGAAUUUGACUUAUCUGUUGAAAGUUCUAAACAAAAUGACAAAAAUGAUAAUAUUCCAGAAUUUCAUAAUCAAGAAAAGCAAUUAAUAAACCCUGAUAAUGAGAACAUGAAAAUUUUGACUGAUUCUGAUGUACAUUUGGCACAUAAUUGCAUUAAAAAUAGUAAAAAAAUAGAAAUUUCAGAACAAAAUGAAAUUUCAGUUAAUUCAUUUAUCAAAAAUUCUGUGCCUGAUGUUAAUACCAAAUUAGAUUUAACAGACAAUUUUACUGUUACUAGUUCGGAAUUAAUUGAACAAUGUAAAGAUUCACUAGUUCCUACAAUAAGUAGCUCAGAUGGUAAUUGCACUCACAAGACUUCGAUUUACGAAAGCGCUAAAGUGCAUUCAGAUUCUGAGAAAUUUUCCUUUAAAGAUGAAUGUUCUAUUUACAAUGUAUUAGCAGAGACAGUACCUGACACAAAUAAUUUUAAACCAUCUAAAUCUGAUGCAAUUGAAGCUGAAGGUGAAAUGAUUGUAUCUAAUAUAAUUGACAUUGAAACAUUAGAAAACCGAAGUUCCUGUGUUGAUCAAGAUUCAAAUAAAGAUAUGUCUAUUGAUGAUAAAUUGUCAAAGUCUGAUAAUGAACCUUUUAAACUAAAUGAAGAAAAAGAAUGUUUUGAUGACAACUUAUCAUAUGGAGAUACACAUAGUAUUUCGUUGGAAUUAUGUUCAUCUUCUGAUGAAACAAAUAAAUUUGGUACUGUUGUUGAAAGGAAAAAAACAGAGGACGUCAAUGAUGUAGACAUUCAGCAAAAAUCUGAUACCAUGAUAGAGCCUAUAAUUUCAGAAGAUAAAGAGAUGAUUGAACAGGAUGAAAAAAGUAAUAUAAAUCAAUGUGAUUAUAUUAUAAAACAUAUUGAAGACAGUAAUGUAAAAAAUGAAGAGUUAAAUUCUACAAAUAAUACUGUAGAAAAUGCAAAUAAUACUCAGCAAGAAUAUAUUAUUGAAAAAUCAAAGACAGAGGAACCACAAUUGAAUCAAAUAGACAUAAAUCCUGUGAAUUUGCAAGAACCAGACAAAAUAAAACAGUCUUUAGUCGCAAAUUAUGAGAGCAGUGACUCCAAUGAUGACAGUAAUGAUGCUUUUGAGAGCCCUCAAAGAGAAACAAUUGAAAAUAAAAAUAACUUGUUUACAGAUUUAGAAGAAGAAACAAUGAUUAGUAAUGAACAAAAAAUAAAACAAACAAUUCAAAAAUUAAUUACAAAGGAUGAAGAAUUGUCUGAAGAAUUACAGAAUGCAGUUACUAAUAAAAAAGGAAGAGAAUUAGUGUCAGAAAAUAGUUUUAAGAAAAUGGAAAACGAAGAAGCUGAAUAUAAAGAAGUGAAGAUAACUAACAAUGAAAUAAUUGAAGAAGAAUAUAACUGUAUUGUUAGUCAAUUUCAUUUAAAUGAAAAAUUAAUUAUAAAUGAGAAAAAAGAUAUUAAUAUUUCAGAAAGUAAUAGUGCAGAAGUAAUAAAAGCGGAGGUUUCAUCAAUCGUUUCUGAAACUGAGCCAGUGAAUAAAGAAAAUAUAAAUUCAGCAUUAACUAAAACAAACAAUGUAAUAGGCGAAAUAAGUGAAAAUGAUGGUUUAGUUCAAGUUUCAGACAAAAUCACGAAUACGAUUUCUGAAGGAAGAAAUGAUUCUGAAACAAUAAAUUCUAUAAACAUAAUUAAAACCCAAAAACAAACAAAUGAAGACAUUGAAUUUAAUGAUGUUGAAAAAGAAAUAUCAUGCGAGGGCUUGAAAGAGCAAUGUGUAAAACCUAUGGAAGAAAAAUUAAUAACGAGUUUUGAUAAUGAUAUCAAAUUUAUCAAAAAUAAAGAAGUUGAACAUGUUACAGAAGAAUUUUCAAUCAUAGAAUCAUAUAAUAAAUUGACAGAAUUUUCAGGAUUUAGUAAUAAAGACAAUAAAUUUGCUGCACAUUUACAUGAUGAAGGAGAUUUCAAUAAAGAUAUGUCUGAAAAUGAUAUAACCAUACAUUCUGUACAAAAUAUUUUACCACUUGAUAAAUUUGACAAUACAUCCUCAGGUAUAGAUAAAUCAGAAAUAUAUGAAAAUAAUAUUUCAACUAUACCAGAAGAUUUCAAAUCUACAGAUAACUUACAAUUUGUAAAUUUUAUAUCUGAAAAAUCAGAGAAUUUGAGUGCUACAGAUAACCAUGAGAAGCAUAGCGAAUCAUUUCAUGUUAUAAAUAAAAGUACAGAAUCCCUUCUUGAAAAUACUGUCUCUAGUUUAAAUGAUAAAUCAGCAGUAUUUAAUAUCCAAGAAACUACAUCAGAAUCAGCGACGGUCAUAAACGAUGCUAAGAAGGCAACUAGUAAGAGAUUGAGCGAUGUUUCUAAUAUUCAAGAUGUUCCUCCAUUAAAAUCUAAAUCUCCAUAUAUAGAAUCCAGUGAACAAAUAUUAGAAGACUUAACAAAUUCUAAAGUACAAUUGGGUCAAAAUUUGGAUAAUUUUAAACAAGUAGAAAUUGAUGAAAAUAAAAUAAGUGGGGAUGUAGUAUCUAAUAGUACCACGAAACAUUUAGCAAAACAUGAAUACAGCACAAUAUCUAAUACAGCGGACAUCGUGUUGAACAAAGUUGUGCAGGAACAUAACGACGAAAAUGACGAGAAAAAAGGGAGCUCAGAAAUUCAAAGUAUCGAAGUGAAAACAGUCUCUGUAUCAUCUGACGAUUCAAUGGAAGUAGACAAUGAAAAUUUAUUCAGUACAGUUCCCGAGGAAAUGGAUCCUUUAGCAUGUACUGACGAAGAUACAUUUAAGAAAUUAGACGAUAACGAACAGAGUGAUAUCUCUGCUCCAAAAAUAGGCUUACGGGUUAAACCCGUAUCUGAACUCGUUUAUGAUGGAUGGAAACUGGAUUCCACUGAAUUACCGAGAGUAUCCCGUAAGCGACGUAAUAGUUCCCAUGAAUCAAAUUCUGAAGAUAUAAUUGCAAAACAAAAUGAUGAAGAAAUAAUAGGAGGUAAAAGAAUAAAAUUACGUGCGGAACGAAUACCUGAUAAGCAAUUGCGAAAGUCUGUGGAGGAAAAUCGCGUUGUAACAAUAAGUUCAGAAGACGAGGUUGUAAAAUGUAGCCCUGAAAAGUCAGAAGAUCAAGAAGUUAAGGAUGUUAGCGAUGACCAAAGUACUACUCAUUCGGUUGCAAUUGGAAGAAAAACAAGAGGACGUCCUAGAGGAAGACGAAGGCGUUAUAGAGGAAGUGGACGUUCAGCUCGACCGAAACAUUCUGAAUUUCAGAGUAUUCAAACUUCUGAGGUAUCAUCUGAGAUCCACCUUGAUGAAACACCAAGCAAUAAUGAUUCUUUAAAUAUGACACCAAUUUCACAGAAAAAACGAAAGAAAAGAAAAAUGGUGUUGGGCCUAGAGGUAGGUAGAGAUAUUGUUCCCGAAACACAAACAGGAUUAACUCAAGAUGAAACACCUGUAAGGCAAUCUAGAAGAAUAGCACAAUUAAAAAUUAAAGAAGAAGCAGAUAGACGAAGGAUUGAGGAAGAGACUUCAAAUGAAAGAAAAGACAAAAAAGAUUCAGUGGAAAGAAAGAAGCGGAAGAAACCAAAGCCUGAAAGUGAAGAGGAAAUCGCAAUAAAAGAAGUAGAGAAAGAAAAGAAAUCUAAAAAGAAACGUAGAAAAAGGAAAAAGAAGAAAAUGUCUGCUAAAUUUAAUGAAGCAAAUCCAUGGCAGAGUUCUUCAGGUUCUAGUAGUGAUGAUGAAAAUGAGAAUGAUGAAGAAGAGGAUGAAGAAGAAGAAAUAGAAAGUGAAGGAUCUCUGCUUUUUAAAAGCGAUCAUGAGUUUUCGCCUGAAAGUGAUCUUGAAAAAGAUCAAGAAUCAGAGCCAUUAAGAAGAGCAAGGACUGCGCAAAAAGCUCAAAGUGAUGUUGAAGAAGCAGAUGAUGAGUAUGCUUGUCAAAAAUGUGGUAAGGCAGAUCAUCCAGAAUGGAUACUUUUAUGUGAUUCUUGUGAUAAAGGGUGGCACUGUUCUUGCUUGAGACCUGCUCUCAUGUUAAUACCAGAGGGUGAUUGGUUCUGUCCUCCAUGUCAGCACAACUUGCUAGUGAUUAAAUUAAGAGAAAGCUUAAAAAUGUACGAUCAAUUGACAAAAAGACAUGAAAAUGAAGUUUUAAGAAAGAAGAGACUAGCAUUUGUUGGUAUAAGUCUAGAUAAUGUUCUUCACAAAAAUGAAUCACAACGUCAUCAGAAAGGAUCAAAAGCCUCUAGCCAAGAAUCUGAUAAUGAAUCUUCAUCAGCAUCAUCUUCGACAAGUACAGAAACAUCUAGUAGUGAAGAAAGUGAACCUGUAUAUCAGUUACGUGAAAGACGAUCCGCUAACAAAUAUAAAUUUAAUGACUAUGAUGCCAUGAUCAAUGCUGCAAUUCAAGACGAAGUAGAAGCAGUUCAGGGAGCUGGAAAUCAAGGAAGAGGAAAAGACAUUGCAACUAUAGUGAAUGCGGAAAAAGAAGAAGCGCAACUGCAUUUUAAGAAUGAAGUAUUAAACAUUGAAGAAGCUCCAGAAGGUAAAGAUGACAUUGACAAAAAAUCAGAAAAAGAGAGCGACGAAGAAUAUAAGAUGGAAUGUGAGGAUGGUAUUGACGAGGAAGAAGAAGAACAAGACAAAGGAGCAGUAAAGAAAUUCUUGUCGCGUAAGAAACAUCGUAAGCUGAAUAGUCUUGAUAUAAGCAGCGAAGAUGAUCCUGAAAGUGACGAAGAUUUUAAAGGUACGAGUUCUGAAGAGGAAGAAGAUUUUGAUGACCAUAUAACAUCUUCUGAUGAAAGCACUUUUGCUGACGUAAAACGACGUAGUAGAAAAGGAGAUUCGCGGUCCGUACGACGAAGCACUAGAGCCAGAACUACGCGUUACGAAGACUUUAUAAAUGACGACAGUGAAGAAAGCGAUAGACCAAAAAGAAAAAAAUCUCGGUCUACAUGGGAUUCAGAUAACGAAGAUAGCGAUAAUUCAUGGCGACAGAGGAAAAAAAGAAGUAGGAACGUAUCGACAUCUAGGUAUAAAACAUUGCCGAAGACGAAAAAUAGAAAGAAAAAGAAGAGAAAACGUAUAAUCGAAUCUGACAACCAAAGCGAAACGGAAGAGUCAAAUGACGAAUCAAAAAUUGAAAUGUCGUGUGAGAUACAACCACAAUUAGAAAACAACGAAUCUAUAAUGUCUGAUGUAUUAGAUGUCAAACUUGAUAACUUAAAUGAAAAUAAUGAAGACAAACAUAUUAACCAGAUAAAAGAUAUAAAACCACCAGAAAUAAACUCGGAAAUAUCUGGUACACCUGCCACUCUACCACUCGAAGAAAUAACGCAACAAAAAAAGAAGAAGGAUAAUGUAAUAAGAACAAAGAAGACGCCAACAAUUCGGAGAAAAAUUAUAUACGGUGGUCUUCCGGAUGAAAAUAAACCAGAAGAAGAAGAAAUAUUAAGUAGGCGAACUCGCGGUAAAAAGAUUAAUUAUCAAGAAGAAAUUGCAUCAGAUAGCGAAGAGGAGCUAAAAAAGGCAUUAAGAAAAACGGGAGAAAGUGAAGAUGAAUUUGUUGUAAAUGAGGGCGAAGAUUUAAAUGAAGAUGCUGAGAAAGAUUCAGAUUCAGGUGAUAUUUAUAAUCCAAAAAAAGAUGGUCAUAAAUUUAAAACUAAAUCGCCAAAAAAUAGAAAACCUAGGAAAAGCAAGAGUCCCGGUGGUAAACGGAAAAUGUUAAACGAUGGAACACCAAAACAAAGAAAAAAGCCUGGUCCGAAACCUGGAAGUAAAAACAAGUCACGUAAACAAAACUUUUUGCUUAGUUCUGUUAUCCAAAGAAGAGAUGAUCAAGAUGGCGAAAAAGAUAUCAUGGCGAAUGUCAUAGAUAAUCCUAUGGGAGAGAUAGAUACGAAACUUGAUGAUAAUCUUUCAGAGAAUGUAGGUCUAACCAGUACGGCUAUGUCGGUAGCAGGUUCUUUCACCGGAGAUGUGCCAGAAGGUUCCUUAACGGGACUUGGAGCAGGUGAACUAGCUGACUUAGAUGACGAACAAUUAGAACAAAUGAUGAUGGAGGAUGAAGAAUACGCCAGACGACAGUUAGAACUUGCAGCUAUCGAAAUAAAAAAGAAGAAGAAAGAAGAACGAGAAGCAAAAAAAUUAGAAAAGGCGCGUUUAAAAGCAUUAGAGAUAUUGGCAGCUGAGAGGCAACGAGACCCUAACGCGCCAGAGGGAACUGAUGGAGAUGUACCAAAGAAGAAAAAGAGAGGCCGUCGGAGUAAAGCCGAAAUUCUUGCAGAACAAAUGCGCAGAGAUGGGGCUCCGAAUUUAAACACCACUGUUUUAUCUGCUAGCGUGCCACAAAACUUGGUAACUACCAUACCAUCUAAUAUCACUCCCAAUAUGUCAGCGAUUAUGACUCCUGAUGCGGAAAGAACCGGCGAAGGACACAUUCCUAUGAUGACGGGACCAGAUGGACAACUUUUUAAUCCCGAUGGAUCGCCUAUGAAACCUAAAAGAAGGGGACGUGGUAAGGGUAAAAAGACUCUUGCCCUGGAAGCAGCUAGAGCUGCUGAAGCAGCGGCAAAAGCUGCUGCUGAGGCUGGUUUAAUUGGAAUGGGCACUGAUUCUAAUUCGGAGAUGAAACCUGGUGAAAUCCCGAAUGUACUUCCUACACCAGGUAGUAGCACCUCUGGUUCCGCUCCGUCCACACCACCUGCUGGCGUUGUUACAACACAAGGACCACCUUCUUCGCAAACUCCGACUUCACAGUCUGUUUAUCCGUCGUUACCACCUAAUCAACAGUCUUCCGUUAUCACCAGGAUGCUUCAAUCUCAACCUGUAUCGAGUAGUCCACAAUCGUUCUCCGCUGCAGCUGCAGCAAUGGGACACAAAUACUUCGGUGGACCAAACGCUGGAGGUCAAAUAAUGGGCGGACCUAGGACAGGCUACGAAAUGCAACCACGUGGAAGAAUACCUUCUCCGUAUAGACAAGCGGGACAAUCUUCUAUACCACCUCAUUUUGCUGCUGUAAGAUCAGGAACUCCGCCAAUGAGAAUGAGGGUACCUGGUCCGCAAAUAUAUCAUACGCCGCAUCAUCCAAUGGAUCCUUCUCCAUCAGGUGGUGGACCGAUAUCGAUCAACAAUCGAGAUCGUAGUUCUCCACUUGGCCCUGGACCUGCAAUGAUUCCACCAGCUGCCGGAAGUCCUCUAGCAAAAGGUGGUCCUACACCUCCUCCACCUCCUCCUUAUGUCAGAGGGGCACCUCCCAUGUCCAGGUUUGCAGAUAAUCCAAUGGGUCCUAGACAUCAAAUGCCUCCUUUCACCAAUGCAUCACCGGUUAAUCAUAAUAUGCAACAACCAUCACCGCCUCCUAAUCGACCACCUGGUAAUUUUUCACCGUAUCAUCCUCCCCCUCCUCCUAAUUAUCAUUAUGGUGCCUAUCCACCACCACCGCCGAUGUCCACAGCAGAUGAUGCAGCCGCAUAUCAAGGAUCUCCGUAUCCCGCGGAUCACUUUUCAUCUCCUGCGGAUAAUCAACCACCCAUUCAAGCCCCGCCUCCCCCUCAGCCUCCACCACAACAGCAAGCGCAUGCGAACGAUGCUGGUACUGGAAACAAACAGUACGAUGAAGAAGGUUCUGGAGAAUUUGGCGGUUUAGUAUCAUACUUCAGUAGCCAGAGAGAAGAUGAUCUUGAUUCGUAGCAUGAGUGAGAUCUUGGCCAACCCUAAAACUUUAUAUAGGGUGCAUUAAACAAUGGUGUUUUAACGGUCAGGUAAGAUUGCAACUUUUGCUCGAGAGGGACAAGUACAAGAGAAACAUAAAAAAAGCUAGCAAGAUGUAAUGUAAUCGUAAAUACAAAAAAAAAGUAGAUAUACAUUUAUAUCUACUUUAUAUAUAUUAUACAUAUAUAUGUUGGGGCAUUGGAAUGUUUGAAAUAAUGAUGAAAGAAAGAGUAUUUGCAUAACAUAUGAUGAUGUACGUUCUAACAUUAUUUUAUACACAUAUUGUACUGUUUUAAAACGUAAGGAAAAAGGCGUAGAAUUAGAAUUGUCUUCCUCUUUGACCUCUUAAGCAAACAGUUGUUCAAAACAUUUAUACUUUCGAAAUAGAAAGAAAAAAAGAAAGCCACCAAAACCAAAUCCGAGGUUGGCCAAGCGAGAAUAAGGAAAAAAAUAUUAAUCACUAACAAUGGAGCCUAUUUCCUAAAAGUUGUAAGCUUUUUGUAAUUAGUUCAAGUUUGAUUAAAUUUAUAUGAAGCAAACGAGACCAGUCGCUAGUAGCAACGGAAGUUGCGUGUUGCUAGAGAAAGGAUUAUACAAAGAUCUGACCAGAAUUUUAACUAAACAUCCAUUAGUAUUUACACAUGAAAUUUGUGCACAGUUACUUCCGAAUCCAUUGUAGAUGUGUAGAUGUCCUCUCCCAGAUAAACGUUUGCUGUUGAAAAAGUCGAUCUUAGUAGCAAUCAGGAGAAAAAUUAACAAAUUCGGACUAUGCGCCGUUGUUACAUGUAUAUAUGUAAAUACAAUAAGUCCUUUAGAUUAUAUUAUAUGUAUUAUAUAUACACAGUCACGCAGAAUACUAUAAAAUGAAUUAGUGCAAAGGGCACAAAUGUAAUAUUUAAAUUAAAACGAAAGGAACGGCAUCCGAUUAUAAUAAAUUAACAAAUGGUGUGAAGACUACUACUAUAAUUAUUUAUAAAGAAAAAUUAAGAAUUUAUGAUAGGUAGUAUGUAUAUUGUAUUUUACAAAUUUUACUUGAUAAUUAUAAUAAAAGAAUAAAACAUUUGGAUAUAGUUAUAUUAGAGAACAGGAGGCUGCUAAGUCCAACUCUAAGAAAGUCAGAGAAAAGAAAUUUAACGAAACUGACGUUAAGCGUGUGUAGAUAAUCGGGGAAAUAACUUAACGGAAGAAAUUUUUAUUUUAUUAUGGAGUGCAAUUAAAAGUACAUAUAAAUACGUUUAUAUGUAGCUAUAUAUGUGUGAAUAUGACUUUUUUUUUUAAUACGUUCAACAUUGUCGACAAAGACUAAAAUGGUUUUCUUGUUUCUUAUUUUUUCUACAUCCGCUCUUUUUCCCGAAAAUCUUUUUAAGACAUAUUUCAAGCUUUUUAAAAAAAGAAAAUAUAUAUAUAUACAUAAAUAAAAAUAUAUAUAUACACACAAUAAUAAUAACAACAUGUAAAGAACUAAUAAAAAAAAAGGAAUGUUUCGUACUAUUAGAAAUCAUUAUGAACUAGACCCAAGUUCAAAGCUGUUCGUAGCUGCAGUGCAGCUUUGAGAAAACUAUAAACUCCUUGAAUUCACUUCUUAGAUAAAUAUUCGAAGAAUAUUGCUUUGAUCAAGAAAUGAAUACAAACGAAAUUAAUUGGAUUAAGUGAUUCACUGAACAGAUACGAUUACGUGCAAAAAAAAGAUAAUAAAAAUAAUAAUCAGGAUAUAAAAUAAUUUUUAACAUUCAUUUUUCAUUUUACAUAUAACAGCCUCCUGCUCUUUGAUCGAUCCGCAAAGCUGAUAGUGUCUUUGCGUCACAAAGAAUCAUCAUGUAUCUGUUUAGUUAUCACAAGUACGUGCAUACCUAAUAUAAAUAGAAGUUAUAUAAAUAAAAAAAGGAAAUCAUUAUCUUAGGAUUAGCUGCUUGGGAUAGUUUCCUUUACUUCGUCGAACGUUUAACAACCGAAUUUGAACGAUUAUAUACACACAUUACAACACGCCGUAUAUUGUAAUAGAGAGUUUACUACCGAUAAUUUUAUGAUUUUUACAUCUAUACGAUAUAUUUCAGUUGUAUAUUGUUUAAUGUACAAUCUACUGUCUUCUUUAAAUAUAACAUGUGUCUUCGGACCAUUCGUUCUUAGGGUGCGCUUCAAGGAAAAUGCGAAUAUGUAAUGUAAGUUCUUUCACAAAUGCUCGAAUGGUUAUUGAUACCAUAUAAAGCAUUCAUUGUAUUGUAAAGUAUUAUUGGAGAUUUAAUUUUUCAUAAUACAAUGAUCAUGCGAAUUUAUAUUAAAGAAAAAGAAAAAAGUUUGAAACUUUUCAAUAUGUCCGAAGAUUUGUUUUUUAUCCUUUAAACAAAAAAUUGAAACACAGGGAAAGUGAAAUGAAUUUUUUUAAAAGAUAUGUAUAUAUAUAUUCAUGUACAUUUGUAUUGCUUUUAUGCAUGGCAUGUCCGCAUUUAGAAAAAUUCGUAUAGCUCGUAUAAGAUAUAUUUAUGAUAACACAAUGAUUCGAUCUCAAAACUGGAUAAACGUAUUAAACGUGGUUCUUAUAACUUAUAAAGAGGUACUUCAUUUUCAUACAUGUACCAAACUUUUUCGCAUUUAUAAAUGUUUCCUUGAAACGUAAACGAACGAAGUGUCUUAGCAAGAUAACAGUAAAUGUGGUGCAGUUUAGCUUUUCUUUUUCGUAAGGGUCUAGACCAAACGCAAUUAUUAUAUUACAUGUUGUAGCCUAAAUACAUUUUGUAAUAAAAUUCAAUAUAUUGAA